AUGUUUUUGAAGGCGGGUAGAGGGAAAAAAAUAACAACAGCGAGCGUAGAUGGGCUUGCCCGUGUCGUUAUGGAGCCCCCUUUGAGCAAGAGGAACCCGACACUGAGAUUAGCGGAUUUGGCCGCGGCUCAGCCCCAUCCUCACCAGAACAUGACAGGCUUCCCGGGGCUGGGGACCCUCCACGGCCACCCCCACCACGCGGCCCACCUCCACCCGGGGGACGCGGGCGGCGACCCCGGCGGCGCCCUGCCGCCGCUCGGACCCGAGCACAUGGCGCAGCCCGCCGCCCUCAAACUCACGCCCGAGGCGCUCACCGCCGCCGCCGCCGCCGCCGCCGCCGCCUUCGCCGCGCCCGCCGCCGCCGCCACCGCCGCCGCCGCCGCCGCCGCCGCCGCCUACGCGCCGCCCGCCGCCGCCGCCCUCGCGGGCUUCCCGUCGGGGGGGGCGCCGGGCCGCGACCUCCUCCUGCGGCGGGACCUGCCCGCCGCCGCCGCCGCGCACGGGGCGCUGGGCGAGCAGCACCCGCCCGCCGGCUCCCCCCACCUCCCGCACCCGCCGCCGCACGGCGGCUUCAUCCCGCCCGCCGGCACCUACGGCGCCGCCGACGGCGCGCACGCCGCCUUCCCGCCGCUGCCCGCCGAGCAGGGGGCGACGGGCGGCCGCCACCCGCCGCUCAACGGGCAGAUGCGGCUGGGGCUGGCGGCCGCCGCCGGCGGGGACCUGUACGGCCGCGCCGAGGGGCGCUGCGGGGCCGCCGCCUCGUCGGCGCUGCAAGGCUACGGCUCCGUGAACCUCGGCCUGAGCGCGGCGGCGCACGGGCACCCCCACCACGGCGGCGCGCACGUCGGGGCGGCGGCCGGGGCCCUGCUGCGCUACAUGCGGCAGCCCAUCAAGCAGGAGCUCAUCUGCAAGUGGAUCGACCGGGAGCCGCCGCCGCCACCGCCGCCGCCGCCGGGCGGCAGGAAGCCCUGCUCCAAAACUUUCGGCACCAUGCAGGAGCUCGUGAGCCAUGUCACCGUGGAGCACGUCGGCGGGCCCGAGCAGAGCAGCCACGUGUGCUACUGGGAGGAGUGUCCCCGGCAAGGCAAGCCCUUCAAAGCGAAAUACAAACUCAUCAACCACAUCCGAGUGCACACGGGAGAGAAGCCCUUCCCCUGCCCCUUCCCCGGCUGCGGCAAGGUCUUCGCCCGCUCCGAAAACCUCAAGAUCCACAAGCGGACUCACACAGGGGAGAAGCCCUUCAAGUGCGAGUUCGAGGGCUGCGACAGGAAGUUCGCCAACAGCAGCGACAGAAAGAAGCACUCCCACGUCCACACUAGCGACAAGCCCUACUACUGCAAAAUCCGCGGCUGCGACAAGUCCUACACGCACCCCAGCUCCCUGCGCAAGCACAUGAAGGUCCACUGCAAGUCGCCGCCGCCGUCGCCGCCGCCCGGCGCCGCGGGGUACGCGGCGGCGGGGCCCCCCGACGGCCCGCUGCCCCCCGAGGGGGACCCGGCCGCCGAGCCGCCCCGCGCCCGCGCCGCCGCCCUCUCGCCGCCCGUCACCGACCUCAGCGAGUGGUACGUGUGCCAGGCCGGCGGGGCGCCCCGACGGCCCCGCACGCCCGCCGCCCGCGCCGCCUCGCCGGGCCCCGACGGCGAGCAGCCGCACAGGACCUCGGCGGGCAGAAGCGGCCCGUAG